GACCAAAAGUCCAUAAUUUCGUGUAUUUUAUUUUUGGAAUAUUUAAAAUAGUUGAUGAAUUUUUUUAACGUGAUUUUCUUUAUUUUAAGAAACAAUUUAGGCAGAGAUAAAAUCAGCUUAGCUGGAGAGAGUGUGACGUCUGGGCUGUUCAAAAUCUUUUCCUUCUCUCUUCCGCAAAAAAAUAUUCUCUCCUCUCCGCCUUCUUCUUCCGCCGCCGAAAAUGCAGACGAGAAGUGUGCAAGUGAAGAAUGUCUCAGAUCUAGCGACGGAGAGGGAGAUUCACGAGUUUUUCUCCUUUUCAGGCGACAUAGACCACAUUGAGAUUCUUAAAGAAGCUGGGAAUUCCAGAAUCGCAUUUGUUACGUUUCAUGAUCCGAAAGCUCUUGAAAUCGCGCUUUUGUUAUCGGGUGCCACAAUUGUAGACAAGAUCGUUACAAUAACUCCAGCUGAAAACUAUGUUCCUAGGCGUGAGAUGCAGGAAGUAAGAACGGUAGAGAACGUAAUGCCCCAAUCAGCACCAAUACGCCAGACCAGUGAUGGCAAUGGCAGAGCGUACGUAAGCAAGGCGCAAGAUGUGAUGGCUACUGUUUUGGCAAAAGGCUCUGCUCUUGGACAAGACGCAGUGAACAAAGCCAAGGCCUUUGAUGAACUGCACCAGUUAAGAGCCAACGCUUCCGCAAAAGUCUCGUCUUUUGACAAGAGAGUCCGGCUUACGGAGAAGUUCAACGUAGGCAUCUCUGCGGUUAACGAGAAAGUAAAAUCUGUUGAUCAGAAGCUUCAGGUUUCCGAUAAAACCAUGGCGGCGAUAUUUGCAGCCGAGAAGAAGUUAAACGACACGGGCUCAGCUGUCAAAUCAAGCAGGUACGUGACUGCUGGAGCUGCUUGGUUUAGUGGCGCAUUCAGCAAAGUUGCGAGAGUAGGUCAGAUGGCUGGCUCGAAAACUAAAGAGAAGUUCAAUCUAGCCGUCUCAAAUAUAGCUUCCAAGGAAACACCGAUUGCUGUAUAAUAGUAAAGAAGAAGGUUGGAAUCGAGUAAAGCGUUGAAGUCAGGAUUCAUCAGAGCUGCUAAAGCUAUGCUCUGGCCUUUGUGUGAACAAGUUUUGUGUGAUAUAAGCAUAUUCCUAUUCUUUAGUGUUCAUCAUAUUCCAUUGCUUAGUAGUGUUCAUUUGCUUCAUGUUUUGCAUCAGUGUAAGUGGUUUUUUUUAAUUGACUUUUGGUCUUGUGUUUGUAUCUUGUUCCAUUGAAGGACACUAGAACUGCAUUGAAGGUGGUGAACGGCUUAAUGAUCGGUUCUUUACCCUAUAGUAUUUUCCCUUUUGCUAUAACUUGUUUGAAGCUCGAGACUUCAUGAUCGCCAGAAAUAGACAAUUUAAUAAUAUAAAAGUAAAGUGGAG